CUUAAUGCCUGUUAAGAUAUCAUGGCUAAACCAUAUUCGAAACAAGCUUUAGGCUGCUUUAUCUUUAGCUCCUUCAUUUUAUCUUCUCUCUCUCAUUUACUUCCAUCAAUAACAGGGGAUAGCAAUUUUUCAUUAGAUUUUAAUAUUCAACUGGAUGCUAAUUUGACUUUUGACCAUGGAAGGCUUAAAAAUGCUUAUGUUGCUCUUCAAGCAUGGAAAAGUGCCAUAUACUCCGAUCCAUUGAACACACUUGACAAUUGGGUGGGUUCUGAUGUAUGUUCUUAUAAUGGCGUGUUCUGUGCUCAAGCUCUUGAUGACCCUAAAUUAACUGUUGUUGCUGGAAUUGAUCUCAACCAUGCAGACAUUGCUGGGAGUCUUGUACCAGAGUUAGGCCUUUUAACAGACAUGGCUCUUUUCCAUAUAAACUCUAACAGGUUUUGUGGGGUUGUUCCAGAUAGCUUUAAGAAUCUCACCCUCAUGUACGAGUUUGAUAUCAGUAACAAUAGAUUUGUUGGUGUUUUUCCUCUCGUAGUCCUUACAUGGCCAAAUAUAAAGUACUUGGAUCUCAGGUAUAAUGAUUUUGAAGGACCUUUGCCUCCACAGCUAUUUGAGAAAGAUAUUGAUGCAUUGUUCUUGAACAAUAAUCGUUUUGUUUCAACCAUCCCAGAAAACCUAGGAAACUCCACAAUCUCUGUGGUAACAUUUGCUAACAACAAUUUCACAGGUUGCAUACCAAAAUCAAUUGGGAACAUGAGGAACUUGAAUGAAAUCAUUUUCUUAGGCAAUAGCCUUAGAGGUUGCUUCCCAACAGAGAUUGGAUUAUUAGGAAAUGUGACAGUUUUUGAUGCAAGUCAUAAUGGGUUUAUUGGGACUUUGCCAAACCUAUCAGGUGUGAAGAGCAUGGAGGUAAUAGACAUUUCACAUAAUAAGAUAUCUGGGUAUGUGUCGGACACCAUUUGCAAGCUACCGAGGUUGACCAAAUUCACAUUCUCUGACAAUUACUUUAACGGAGAAGCUCAAUCUUGUGCACCUUCUGCAAGAGAAAAUGUUGUUUUUGAUGAUAACAAUAAUUGUUUGCCAUUAAGGUCAAAUCAAAAGACAAGCAAGCAAUGUCUCCCGGUGGUGACUCGCCCCGUAGAUUGCAGUAAGAGUUGUAGGAGUGGUGACAACAACCAUACCCCAUUAACACCAAAAUCACCAAAGGUAAAGCCACUGGUUCACUCUCCUCCACCGCCACUCAUGUUCUCUCCUCCUUUGCCAGUUCGCUCUCCUCCACCGCCAGUCCAAUCUCCACCACCACCAGUGUUCUCUCCUCUGCCUCCCAUCCAUUCUCCGCCACCACCGCCAGUUCACUCUCCACCACCACCAGUGUUCUCUCCUCCUCCGCCACCAGUUCACGCUCCUCCACCACCCGUGUUCUCUCCUCCACCUCCCGUCCAAUCUCCGCCACCGCCGCCAAUUCACUCUCCACCACCACCAGUGUUCUCUCCUCCUCUGCCACGAGUUCACCCUCCUCCACCACCCGUGUUCUCUCCUCCACCUCCUAUCCAAUCUUCGCCGCCGCUACCAGUUCAGUCUCCACCACCACCAGUGUUCUCUCCUCCUCCUCCAGUCCACUCUCCACCACCACCAAUUCACUCUCCUCCUCCUCCAAUCCAAUCUUCGCCACCGCCGUCGCCAGUUCACUCUCGUCCACCACCAACUAGUUCUCCUCCUCUAACUUCUAUAUUUUCUCCACCUCCACCGGCAUGGAAUGAUGUCAUCAUACCCCCAACCUUUGGGGCCCAAUAUAGCUCCCCACCUCCACCGGCUAUUGUUGGAUAUUAAAAUAAUUAAUAUAUGCUGAUUGUAAUUUUAGUAUUUCUUAAUUUUAUUAUCUCUUCUUGAA